GAUCACUCUUGAUUUCACCCUUGGAAAUCUGAGGCACAUUUACUUGCAUUCAGUUUUGUUUUAUUUGGCUUUGUCCACUUGUCAAUACGUAAAACUUUUCAAGGUUCCCAGGAAAACAGAACCUCUUAUGAAAUGAUGCUGUAGACAAGGUUUCUUUUGUUUAAAGUUGUUUCAGUUAGUAAAAUGGAUAAAGAGUGAACAUGUCAGCAGUAAAAAAUGUUUGAGUCCUUUUUUGUUAAAGAGAGGAUCAUCAGAGGAGAUGAAAAAAGAAGCCUAUUCAGACUAUUAGAAACUGAUAUUAAGAUGUACAAACAUUGGGCAAUAGUCUGGUUUCUGAAAUGAGAUAGAAACUACAUUUGGUGAAGUAAUUUAACACUGUGGAAACUGUUUUGAAAAAGGAAAAAUGUAUAGAAGUUAAAUUCUACAUAGUGAAGCAAUAUUCAUGGUUGCAUUCAUAAAUUUUCUUUUCAAGAACUCUAAAUGAAAUCGCUUUUGCCACUUAACAUUUAACUACCCUGCAUGACAAGACAUAUUUUAAAAAGUAAGAGUGGAAGUAUUCUGUAGAAGUUUGGUAUCUUAUUGGAAUCAAUGAGACCUAAGUUCAAGUCCCCAAACAACCAAGAAGUUCCCUGCUGGGACUUUUGUUUAGUCACUCCCAUUCAGCCUAACCCAGGAUGGUUGUGGGAAUAAACAGAGGACAGAAGACUCAUGUAAGAUCCCCUUGUGAAAAACCAAAAUGCUUUGUCACUGUACUAAAUGUUUAUUUUUAUUGAAUUAUUUAUAUAAUUUAUAGUUUACUUUUCUCACUUGGAAUCAAGGCAGAUUACAGAAUGAGUCAUGAUGAGAUAUUCAGUAAACGGUACAAGACAAUUGGGUUGUAGAACCAAUCAGAAAUCUAAAAGCAACUGAAGCAAAGCAUAAAUAUUCACAUAACACAAAUUAUGCAAAAAAUAUAUAGAAAGUCCCUAGUUUUAGCAAGCUAAACACAGUAAUAUAGACCACAGUUCCUAAUAAUUUAUCUAAGUAUCUUUGUGAAUUAUUUAGUACGGUACAACUAUAUUACCUGCAUAGAAAAGUCCUCUUGAAUAAUUCAGUUUUUCAUAGUUUGCAGAAAGCCAGGAGAGUGAGAGCCUUCCUGACCUUCUCAGGCGGGCCAUUCCAUAAGGUGGAGGCUACAAUGGAGAAGUCAUUGAUUUUGUCGAAUUGCUGGUUGUCACCUACAGAAGACCUUGUUCACAUGAAUGAAGCUGUUGUGAUUAGGAGAAGUGAUUUUGCAGCUCCAGCACAGAAGAGAUUCUGAAGGAAAAUGGAAAUUACCCUUUUAUUGAAAUUCAUCAAAGAUACUUCACUCCUUCAUGCUGCCAUUCUAAAAAAGCAUAUUAAACAAUAUGAUGAAUCCACUGAGACUAUGUUUCUUCAGAUUUACUAUGGAAGAUUUCUAAAUUACUAUAGAGGAAAACAAUGUACAGUGGUAAUGGACUAUCUCCCUGCCUGAUCAAUGAUGCAGCACAUGUAAUACUAUAACAGAAUACAAUUGAUUUGGAAAUGUCACUCUAUUGUUUAUGAAAGACAAGGCUUAGAGAAAGGUGAAGAAAAGUAUGCCUAAUCCUAAAAGUACAUGAUCACACAGAAAAUAUUUGCAAUUUUGGUAAAUAGUUGCCUAGCAUGCUAAAAUGAUAAAAACAACUCUUACAGAACAGAUCAAAUUAUGACAUCAUCAUCCAAAGGAAUUUUCCGGCCAUUUCUACUUAUCUUCAUUGUUCUGGGCUGUUUCAUGGCAUGUCUUCUUAUUUACAUCAAGCCAACAAGCAGCUGGAUUUCCAGUCCCAUCGAAUCAGCCAGCUCCGUUCUCAAAAUGAAGAGCUUUUUCUCCACUAAAAGUGAUUAUGUGAAUGAGACGACUAUUCUGAUAUGGGUGUGGCCAUUUGGUCAGACAUUUGAUCUCACACUCUGCCCAAUUUUUAACAUCCAUGGUUGCCAUCUGACUACUGACCGUGCAUUAUAUAACCGAUCUCAUGCCGUACUUAUUCAUCACAGAGACAUCAGUUGGGAUCUAACCAAUUUACCUCAACAACCUAGACCACCGUUUCAGAAGUGGAUCUGGAUGAACUUAGAAUCUCCAACACACACUCCACAAAAGAGUGGAAUUGAACACCUAUUCAAUCUGACCCUCACUUAUCGGCGUGAUUCAGAUAUUCAAGUGCCUUAUGGCUUCAUGAUGGUUAGCACAAGCUCCUUUCUGUUUGAAGUGCCGAAUAAGGAGAGAUUGGUGUGCUGGGUAGUGAGUAACUGGAACCCUGAGCAUGCUAGGGUUAAAUAUUACAAUGAAUUAAGUAAAUACCUUGAAAUUCAUACCUACGGGCAAGCAUUUGGAGACUAUGUGAGUGAUAAAAACUUGAUACCAACUAUUUCCACCUGCAAGUUCUACCUUUCUUUCGAGAAUUCUAUCCACAAAGACUACAUUACGGAGAAACUUUACAAUGCUUUUCUGGCUGGGUCUGUGCCAGUCGUACUGGGUCCUCCAAGAGAAAACUAUGAAAAUUAUAUCCCAGCAGAUUCUUUCAUACAUGUGGAAGAUUUUCUGUCUCCAAGAGACCUUGCAGAAUAUCUUCUGAUGCUUGACAAAAAUAACAAAAUGUACCUUAGCUAUUUCAACUGGCGGAAGGAUUUUUCAGUGCAUCUUCCUCGAUUCUGGGAAACACAUGCUUGCCUUGCCUGUGAUCAUGUAAAAAGACACCAGGAGUACAAGUCUGUGGGUAAUUUAGAAAAAUGGUUUUGGAAUUAAACUUUUAUUCCUUUAUAGUGCACUUUGUCAAAAGGGAGAUGAGAAUAGAGAAACCCUUCUGAAUAAGACUUCACAGUUUAUCACCUGUCAUUUCCUGUGUUCAGUGCAAUCCAUUUAUACUUUCUUAAUAUGAACCUUAUUUUCAGUCCCAAACCUGGUUUUGUUUCCCCACUCUCUCUUUCCCUUCUUUUGAAAGAUGUUAGGUGAAAAUAAUCCGUUGAUGCCACCGAUACUGGACACUGUACUGUGGAUUUUCUUAGAUAAGAAAUGAUCAUCUCCUCAGAUUUUUAUUUUAUUUUUUAUAGAUGUGACUUGAAAAGCCAGAAAUCUGGACAGGUGUCAGUAACACUGAUAAAAUUAUUAGUAUUGUGGUGAUUACUUGAGAUAUUUGAAUUAAAGACUUUCUACCAUAUAACCAAUUUGGCAGCAAAACUGAGAAGAUAAUUCAUGUGGAUCAUUUUAAAGAUUAAUAUGUAUAUCUGGCUGGCACACAAAUGAUUUCUUAUGAGCCACUGGAUUAAUUCUUAUUUAUAUUUUAUUGAAAACCCUGCUAUAUUUAUAGCUGGUUAUAUGCACUGAAGAGUAAUUUAUUGUUUACCAUACCUUUUUUUAAAUCUUGUGGGGUUUUUUUCAUUUUAAUUAUAAAAUACCAUUCACCAUCCAAUACAUAAGUAGUGAUGUUUACAUUGAAUCAGAUCUUUUCCUCUUUGGGGGAAAAAGCUAAAAAAAAUAUGUAGCUAAUGCACAUUGAACAAUAUGCUGUUUAGAAAAAUGUAUGUUGCAAUUUAACUUACUUUUUUAUGAAAUGGAGUUCAAAUAUUCUGAUCCAGAGUUCCAGUGUCAUCCUCUGUAUCAUAUCAUAUGUCAUAUGUCUCAUAUCAUCAUAUAGUUCUUACUAUGUGGCAUGAAGUAAAGCCCAUUUGGGAUUAUGGGUCUAAUUUCAUUGUUCUUUAGAUCCUGGCCAUAAUUUUUAACAAAGUUUUUUAAAAUUUAAAAAAAAACUGAGGGUGGGAGAAUUAAAUUAUUCCAUGAAUUUAAGGGUUGGUUUAAAAAAAACCUGUAUGAUUGACAAAGUGAACUCCCCCUG